UGCCUUUGCCCGAGUUAUUUCAAUGUUUUUCUGUUUGUCGGCAUGUUUGUUUGCCAUGUCGCUGAGUCUGUUUCUCAAACUUCUCUGUCGAAGGCCCAGACUCCGCUUUUGUCACCCCUUCUAAAGCUGGCUUCGUGGGAGCUCUCCGUGGUGCUGAUCUCAUGCGCUCCUGUCCACGGUGCUGAAUUCCGAGGGCAGCGUUGGGAGCUGAGGUCAGGGGAGGGAAAGGAUUGGCGAAAGGCAUAGCCCAAAGCCUGGACAUAUCUGACACACGAGCACCCUGGCCUACCCAAAAAUGGACAAGGGGAAGGUGGACAUGGCCUGCAGGGGCCACACUCGACCCAGGGGCCUGCCCUGGGCCCUAAGACUGACCCUGGUGUGGAUCCUGCUGGGGUCCUGUGGAGGGAGCCGCCCACUCCCAGCUCUGUCCCGGAGACACCAUAGGCUGGCGACCGAUUUCGGCACAGUCCAGCUGCACCUUGCGGAGAUGGACACGCCAGAGGCAUCGGACCCUGGGGCGGUCCCAGAACGCUGUGGGGAGCCGAGCCCUGGGUGCGAAUCCUUCCUGGGACAUCUCCAAGCUGCCCUCCAGAGUCGCUUCCGCCUGCUGUUACUGGGGAUACGCCAGGCGCAGCCGCUCUGUUCUGAGUUCUGCGAUGUCUGGUUUGCCACCUGCGAAAGCGAUAUUACCUGCGGCCCAACUUGGCUUCCGUUCCCAGAAAAGAGGGGCUGUGAGCCUGGCUGCGCUACCUAUGAGCAGACCUUUGCCGAUGGGGCAGACCUUUGCCGCUCGGUCCUGGGCUACGUGCUGCCGGUAGCAGCUCCUGGCGCGGAUCACUGCCUCAACAUUUCCAUCUCGGUACUGCCGGGUCGCAGACACGAACGGAGGGCCCGGGAAAUCAGUUUCCCGCGGUCCCGCCGCUCCCGCACCUGGAUCCUGGAUGCUGCGGGCAGCGGGAGUGGUAGUGGAAGCGGCAGCGGCCCCUAGGGGGCGCUGGGCCUUGGAUGGAAGAUGCGUCCCUUCCCCCCACCCGGCCCAAGACACCCAGAGCCCACCCCUCUCCCUCUCCGUUUUUCUAGCUUCCAAAGUCCUGUCCCUCCUUCUGGAGUCCCAGAGACUAGCCCUUCUCCAGGUUAUUAGAGAAAUAGCCCAACUCUAGCUCAUUUUCCCCUCUUCCCCCACUGAAUAAAGUUGCC